UUCCGGCGUAGGAUGUGAGCCCCCGGUCCCCCAGCAGAGUUAAGGGCGCCUCCUUCCAGAGGCUGGAGGUGGAGUUCGGCCCCACGGUACUGCAGUACCCCUAAUAGGGCUCCCCCGUCCCAGUGCAGAGAUGCCACCGACUCCGGAUCUCCAUUGAUGGUGCCAGUCAGUGCCCCCUUGCUCCACCACCGCUCGUGGCCUUGGCUGUGAAUUCCCGUUUGUUGUGACUUGCCCAUCUGCACUUGAGUCCCUUCACACAAGCCCGUUUCCGGACCUCUGGAAAUGAACACUUUUGGAUUUCGUAGUAAAGAGAUAGUCAUCAAAACUUGGGGGCUUCUGUCGGAAAGCAGGACUACCGCAGGAGACUGACCAAGAUGGUAAGAUAGUCAAGGAACGCCCAUACAGAGAGUGCGUAGGGGACCUAGAGGGAGCGCAGUUUCUAAGGAAAGUUCGAGUGCAGAGCGUGGACCUAGCGGGAAGUGCUGGAUUCUGCGCGAAGUUGCCUCAGGAGAGAGCAGUAAAUCUCUCACGCCCAGAGAAGCCGUGGGAGGGACGCCCUUACUAAAGAUGACGGCAGUCGUCGUUAUUGAAACGCAAGUGAAGCUGAGAAGCGGAAUCCGGAUGUUGUUCCGUUCGCAAUUGACCUCCCUGCCAGCUUCCAAGAUGGGGACUCCGUUGUGGCGAUAAGAAGGGAAGCCCACCAGGGGGCGCGCGGGAGCGACUUCCGCCCGGCUCUCCUUCCUACAGUCUGCAGCCCGGUAAAGAUGGCGGCCCUGAGGGCGCUGCGCUGCCUCCGUGGGGUCGGAGCCCCGGUGCUGCGGCCCGGGUCUGGGAUCCGCUUGCCAAGUCAGCCCAGCAGAGGUGCUCGGCAGUGGCAGCCAGAUAUUGAAUGGGCAGAGCAGUUUUCGGGAGCUGUCAUGUACCCCUCCAAGGAAACAGCCCACUGGAAACCUCCUCCUUGGAAUGAUGUGGACAUUUUGAAGGAAAAAGCGGUGACCAACAUGACCCUGAACUUUGGGCCCCAGCACCCAGCAGCCCACGGAGUCCUGAGACUCGUGCUGGAACUGAGUGGAGAGAUGGUGCGGAAAUGUGACCCUCACAUCGGGCUCCUGCACCGAGGCACGGAGAAGCUCAUUGAGUACAAGACCUAUCUGCAGGCCCUUCCAUACUUUGACCGGUUGGACUAUGUGUCCAUGAUGUGUAAUGAACAGGCCUAUUCGAUAGCUGUGGAGAAGUUGCUAAACAUCCAACCUCCUCCUCGGGCACAGUGGAUCCGAGUGCUCUUUGGAGAGAUCACACGGAUUUUAAACCAUAUCAUGGCUGUCACCACACAUGCCCUGGACAUCGGUGCCAUGACUCCUUUCUUCUGGAUGUUUGAAGAAAGAGAGAAGAUGUUCGAGUUCUAUGAGCGGGUGUCUGGGGCCCGGAUGCACGCGGCGUAUAUCCGACCUGGAGGAGUGCACCAGGACCUACCUCUUGGGCUUCUGGAUGACAUUUAUGAGUUUUCCAAGAACUUCUCUCUUCGGAUUGAUGAGGUGGAGGAGAUGCUGACCAACAAUAGAAUCUGGCGAAAUAGGACAGUCGACAUUGGGGUUGUAACAGCGGAAGACGCACUUAACUAUGGAUUCAGUGGGGUGAUGCUCCGAGGCUCAGGCAUCCAGUGGGACUUGCGGAAGACCCAGCCCUAUGACGUUUACGACCAGGUGGAGUUUGAUGUUCCUAUCGGUUCUCGAGGGGACUGCUACGAUAGGUACCUGUGUCGUGUGGAGGAGAUGCGCCAGUCCCUGCGAAUCAUUGAGCAGUGUCUGAACAAGAUGCCUCCCGGGGAGAUCAAGGUUGAUGACGCCAAAGUGUCCCCACCGAAGCGAGCAGAGAUGAAGACGUCCAUGGAGUCACUAAUUCAUCACUUUAAGCUGUAUACAGAGGGCUACCAAGUUCCUCCAGGAGCCACAUAUACUGCCAUUGAAGCUCCUAAGGGAGAGUUUGGGGUAUACUUGGUAUCCGAUGGCAGCAGCCGCCCUUAUCGGUGUAAGAUCAAGGCUCCCGGUUUUGCCCACCUGGCUGGUUUGGACAAGAUGUCUAAGGGACACAUGUUGGCAGAUGUCGUGGCCAUCAUAGGUACCCAGGAUAUUGUGUUCGGAGAAAUAGACCGAUGAGCGAAAGCACCACCCUCGAGCUGCCUUGCCUGUCAGCUGCUCCUUCGAGGCCUGUGUCUGGUGGGAGACAAGGCUGUGUGUCUCUGUGUGUGUAAACAAACGUGCACGUGCUCGCACUUAGCUGCGCAGGCUUUCUGUGCAUGAACUAGAAAAGGAGACAUUAUAUUAAAUUAGCCACCUUUUGGCCCCUAAG